AUGGCGACAACUGCAGCGAAGAAGAAGCUAGUGGUCUGCGGCGGCAAUGGGUUCCUUGGUAGCAGGAUAUGCAAAGCUGCUGUGGCACGAGACUGGGAUGUCACAUCUAUAAGUCGAUCAGGGGAACCUAACUGGCCCAGCGUCUCAUCACAUCAAACCGCACCGUCAUGGUCAAAGUCAGUAACGUGGCGGGCAGCCAAUAUCCUCCAACCAGAAAGCUACAAAGCCGACCUCGAAGGUGCAGAUGCCGUGGUGCAUAGCAUGGGUAUCCUACUGGAAGCAGAUUAUAAAGGUGUCUUGACAGGCAAAGAGUCACCAAUAGCAGGCAUGAGACGAGCGUUCUCGGCCACGAAGAUGGGCAGCAGCGCAAACCCGCUCGACAGGAAGUCUGGUGAAGCACUAGAGCCGGGCGAGCAAGACGGUCAACUCACAUAUGAGCUCAUGAAUCGGGACUCGGCAGUUAUACUGGCCAAGGAAGCGAAUGAAGCAAAGGUAUCAGCCUUUGCAUACAUAUCUGCGGCAGCCGGAGCACCAAUAUUGCCGGGUCGAUACAUCAGCACGAAACGAGAAGCUGAAUCAACGAUCUCGACAACAUUCCCGCGCAUGCGCAGUGUCUUCAUCCGUCCUGGCUUCUUGUUCGACAGUAGUCGAGGAUUUACGAUGCCAAUGGCUGCUGUGACCUACGGCGGCUUCCUGGCCAAUAGUCUGACAGGCGGCAAUCUUACAUGGCUGAUGGGAGCUGGAGGUGCCAAGCCAUUGAAAGCUGAUCUUGUUGCUGAGGCUGUGGUGGAAGGGCUUGCAGACGAGCAGGUCAAAGGCCCAGUCGAGGUCAAGGAGAUUGAGUCGCUUGCCAACAGAGCAUGGAGGAAGGGAAUGCUGUGA